AUGACCCUGAAGUGGCCUCGGCAAAGCCGGCAGAGCGGGCCCCGGCCUGUGGUCUGCAGGGGCCCCCUGGGCCAGGGGCCGAGACAACGCCGGGGCAGCACGGUGGCCGCGUGCGAAGCCGGUCCUCCCGGGGUCCCGCUGCGCCAGGAGAUGGAGAGCAUGGCCAGGGUGAAGGCCACCAGAUGGCAGGGCUACCUCCUCGGGCCACAUGACACCCACAUUGUCAUGAACGCUGUCGUCCCCAGUGGCUGCCAUCGCCUUGACCCUGGCCCGCUGGCCCACCUAGGUCUGCGUUUGCACGAGCAUGAUCUUCACAACCUGGGUGCCACCGUGUCCCUCUCGGAGACAGUGCAGAAAUGGCGCGAAUAUCGCCACCAGUGCCAGCGCUUCCUGAGGGAGGCUCCAUCCCCAGCCACAGACCUGUUCUGCAACCGGACCUUUGAUGACUAUGCCUGCUGGCCAGACGGGCCACCCGGCUCCUUCGUGAAUGUCAGCUGCCCCUGGUACCUGCCCUGGGCCAACAGCGGGGACGCCCUGCACGGGGAAAGACACCUGCACUGCACCCGGAACUACAUCCACCUGAACCUGUUCGCCUCCUUCAUCCUCCGAGCACUGUCCGUCUUCGUCAAGGACGCGGCCCUCAAGUGGAUGUACAGCACGGCUGCCCAGCAGCACGAGUGGGACGGGCUCCUCUCUUACCAGGUGCGUGGUGUUCCCUUGCUGUUUGUCAUCCCCUGGGGCAUUGUCAAGUACCUCUAUGAGGACGAGGGCUGCUGGACCAGGAACUCAAACAUGAAUUACUGGCUCAUUAUCCGGCUGCCCAUUCUCUUCGCCAUUGGGGUGAACUUCCUCAUCUUUGUCCGGGUCAUCUGCAUCGUGGUGUCCAAGCUGAAAGCCAACCUCAUGUGCAAGACGGACAUCAAGUGCAGACUUGCCAAGUCCACAUUGACGCUCAUCCCCCUGCUGGGCACCCACGAGGUCAUCUUUGCCUUCGUGAUGGACGAGCACGCCCGGGGGACCCUGCGCUUCAUCAAGCUGCUCACAGAGCUCUCCUUCACCUCCUUCCAGGGGCUGAUGGUGGCCAUCUUGUACUGCUUUGUCAACAACGAGGUCCAGCUGGAGUUCCGGAAGAGGUGGGAGCGCUGGCGGCUCGAGCGCCUGCACAUGCAGAGGGACAGCAGCAUGAAGCCCCUGCAGUGUCCCACCAGCAGCCUGAGCAGCGGGGCCACAGUGGGGAGCAGCGUGUACUCCGCCACCUGCCAGGCCUCCUGCAGCUAA